AUGGCGCAGGCGGUGGCAGUGAUGGCGAGGGCUAUAAUGAAUAAGCCAGACUUGAGGGUGGCCAGCACUGUCAACGCAAGGAGUGCAGAAGCUAAUGAGAGACUAUUGACGAGAUCCAAGGCCAAGAACAGGGUACACGUGGACCCCAAAAGACGGCCCCUGGCGCAAGUCAACUACGACUGGACAAAUCUGGGAGACAUCGGAAUCGCCGUAUCACUUACAUAG